UGGCCGUAACGGCUGCGGAAGAACGUGGCAUGUACCCGUAUAUUAAGUGAAGGGGGUUCCCUGCCUGUAUCCCGAAGCUUCUUUCUGUAUGUUUGUACGUCUGUCUGUCUGCCUCUCCUGCCAGUUGCUAGUCGACAUCAUAACUGCACUUGCAGCUCUUAACGCAAAGAGUGUUAAAAUUCGCGGUAAAAGUGCUACGAAAAAAACACAGCGGGGUUAAGGGGGAAUCCAAAAAUAACAAACUUGCCGCCAGAAAAAUACGGAAAAACGGGCAACCACGGUGGCAGCAGAGACAACAACGACGGCGACACGCUCUAAAGACGAACUUUAGCAAUUUGGCGACGUUAUUUUUGGAUUAAGCAGCGCCAAAUUGAGAACGACGAACGAACGACGACCAACGAUUAACGACUAAUAAUAAACUAAAAUUAAGGAAAUCACAUCUUCUUUGAAGAUAGGGGGAAAUUGUAUUACAACAACAAAAGCAACAACAACAAAAGCUGCAACUACGGCAACAAUACAUAUAAACUUUUAGAGCUGCACUUAUUAAACGUUAAGCGGCCCAUACGAACACUUGCUGAAAGGCAAACAAGGCAAAUUUUCAAAUAUUUUUAAUCAACUAUAUUUUAAAAAACUUUUGAAGACACAACCGAGUAAGCCAACAAGCCAGCCAGCCAGCAAGCCAAGCCGUCAAGUGAACUCAACCAGGAGCAGCAGAAGGCAAACACAAGCGUAACCAGGACCGGCAAUCAGUCUCAGCAGAGAACACAGUGAGAGAAGGAGAAAGAGAGAGAAUAGUGGUAGGAGAAGCUCAAACGUAGGCAAACAAAAUGGCCGCCAUGCAACGCAAACUGGUGCACAAGCAAUUCAACUCGCCCAUGGGCCUCUAUUCCCAGGAGAACGUGAAGGCAACGUUGAAUCGUGAACUGAAGGCCUUCGGUGCUGAGGGGAUCGAAGUAGACGAACAAAUUUCAAAGCCAUUGAACUUGGCCAACUCGGCAGUUUUGCGAGCCGUCGAGGAGGAGGAACAACAAAUGAAAUGCGGUUAUAAGCGUGUUGCCUGGCCACCAGCGUCAGAGGAGCGUAUUGUACGCGAAUUUACGCCGCAGCCACAGGCGCAAAGUCCAGCGCCCGGAGUUGGUGGCUACUACCCCCAACAACAACCACUGCAACAACAACAACAACAACAACAGCAGCCAGCAGCAACCGCUCAACAACCUCAAGCUGCGCCAGCACAGGGCCCCAUCUAUAACAAUGUUCAAGCUCGACCAAAUCCCAUACAGCAACAACCAAACUAUCAAUCCACAAACAAUGUUUAUGGUCAACCAAGCACUAACUAUCCUUCAAAUGGUUAUGGUCAAGCACCACAACAACUACCACAACAACCACAACAACCACAGCAACCACAACAAUAUCAAGCCCCAGUCCAAGCUAAUAAUCCAAAUCAACAACCCAUACAGUAUACACAGGCCCAGUACAAUAGACAACCAUCAAGGGAGCCUGUGAAUCAGCCAUACCAGCAGCAUCAGCAGCAGCAGCCGCAAUAUCAGCCGAGCUAUGCACCCCAGCAACAGCAACAACAACCACUACAACCAGAACCACCUCAGCCAACUCAUGCUGUGGAUAAUGUAGGCGGCGGUUGGAAACAUAUUGGUGCCCCUCUGCCCAAGGCUCACACCGAUUUCAGGGCGGGUGGUGCCAAUCCACAAGCAUAUCCAAACUAUCACCAACAACAACAACAACAACCACCGUAUCAACAGCAGCCACAGCAGCAACAACAACCACAGCAGCAAUAUGGUGCGCCCAUUUAUGAUAACUACAAUCAGCAACAACAACAACAACAACCACAACAGCCUGGAGCACCCUAUCAGCAACAGUGGCAACAGCCACAACAGCAAAAUCAGGCACCCUAUCAGGCGCCACAGCAGCAGUGGCAACAACCGCAACAACAACUGCAGCAGCAGCCACCGGCGCCACAGUGGUCGCAGCAGCAACAACAACCACCUUAUCAGCAACAACAGCAACAACAACAAUACCCACAGCAAAAUGGAGUUGGCCAAACUUAUGCUCAACCACCAUAUAAUUCUUAUUCGCAGCCCCAGCAACAACAACAACAACAGCCACAGCCACAGCAGCCCUACUCCCAGGAUCAAACCGAUCAGUAUCAGCCAGCAACGGGCCCUGGUAGCUAUCGUGGCGCCAGUCCUGGCAUUAUAACGCUGCGCAAGGAGGCACCCGUGAGCCAACAACCAGCGCCAGUUUACACUUCGCAGCCAGCAGCCGUUAGUUAUCAAGGAGGCAGUAAAUUGCGCGGAGAUUUGAAAUGGCCACCACCGGAGUACAAGGAGGCCGCUGCACGCGAAAACGAGGAACGUCGCCAAUUGGCGUUGGGCCCCGUUUGCCGUCCACGUAAGGUGAAUCGAGACUACACAUCUUUCUUUGCCAAGCACCAACUGAACAACGCCUAUCCAAGCUAUAAGGUGCCACCAGGCACUCAACACAUGUUGGCCUAAAGCUGUUGACGAUUAUGGACUUUUUUUUUGGCUACAAAUCCGGAUGUAGCGAAGCAGAUGAAGAAAACAAAAAGGAUUUAGAAAAUAUUUCAAUGGAACCCACUUCAUAGAGAGCAUUACAUUAAAUAACGAAUUAUGUGUUACUAAAACGACAACUAACGAAACUUUAUGCUAUAUAUCUGUUAACAAAUUGUUACUUAUGACUAACGAAGCUACUACAAGUAUAUAUAACUACGAAACGAAUAUGAGCGCAAAAAGUGCCUCUUAGUUUAAAGAAUCGGUGGUUCCCAUGCCGCUAUCCGAACCUAUAAUUAAUGUGCGCCCCAAGUCCGACUAAACUCAAAAACUGAGCGGCCACAUUGAGGAUAAUGCCGACAGCGACACGGGAACUCCAUGUUGAGAAGGAUUUAUAGAAAGAAACUAUAAACAAUCGGUCUUAGAGAUUAAGCAAGCCAUAAGCAAGCCAGCAAAUAUAAUUACGUGUUAUAUAUAUCUAUACUAUAUUGGAGCAUAUGCAUAUAUAUAGUAUAAAAUGUUUAUAUAUAUAUAUAUUUUAGCGACUUACUAAUUUAUAUAGCGACGAUACCUAGCAAAUGAAAUGGACAUGAAACGGACUUAAUUCUAAUGGAAAAUGAAAAACGAAAGUUCAAUUUGUAAUUUUUUUCUUUAAACUAACACAAUUUUUAAAUAUUAAUAUAUAUUUUAUUGUGAAAAGCAAGUUCGAGCAGUCCCGUAUGCUCUCAGCACUCAUGGAGGCCUUCAACUAUGUGCCAGCCAAUAAAUAAUAAUUGUAAAUUGAAUUGAUAAGGCCCGGCCAUAGUUCAAGUGCUGGCCAUAUCUCACGUGCCGAUUGUUAUGCGCGCUGCUGAAAACGCUUCCAAGAUUUAUUGUUUAACGUUUUGAGUUUGCAUGAAAUAUUUCUUUAUAUACAUACAUAUUAUUAACCAAGCAGAUGAUAUAAAAAAAUGUCAAUUAACCGUUAAGUAAGUUAUACAUAUAUACGAUUUACGAAUAGUUUUGUCAGUGGGCUAGCAAUCCAUGUAUAUAAAAUAUAAUAAUCUCAAUUCGACUGUGUGACGACGCAAAAAAAAAAAAUUAAAACGCUCCAAAAGCGCGCAUCGCAAUUCGCCAAUUGCAAUGAGGUGUUAUUUAUAAAAUGGUUGACUGCAACAACAACAACAACAACACCAUUAAUUGCAAUAACAACCUUUGUAAAUAGACCUCAGCAAUAAAUAAUAAUAUGAGGAUGCCUUUGUUUAUUGCCUUUGUGCAAUGCGCGAGUUUUGUGCGCGCGUUUUGCGCGCGUCUUUUGUCGCUCGAAACACAACCCAAAUCAAACAAACACUCGGACUUGACACAAAUCAAAAAUGCGCCCAGCUAGAACAAAACCUAUAAACUGUAUUGUGUUAUAUACAUAUACAAUUAUAUAUAUUAUAACCAAAACAAUCAAUCAUGUACGACAACUAUGAAAAACUAAAUAAUUAAACAAAAAUAAAUGGCAAGUUUUUGAAUACUCGCAACGAGAAGAAAA